GAAGGCCCCUUUGUUUACCUGUCUCUGGUGGGAAGUGUUGCAGAAUCAGACAGCAUAAUUGCAUCUCUGUGGAAGGAAUACGGCAUAGCAGAUGCGAGGUGGCUCCACUCCGAUCCCACUGUCGUCUCACUGGAGAUACUGACUGUUGUUCUGGAUAGCCUUUUGGCAUUGAUCCUCAUUUACGCUAUUCUCAGAGAGAAGCAUUACAGGCACUUCAUUCAGAUAACGUUGUGUGUUUGUGAACUGUAUGGUGGAUGGAUGACUUUUUGUCCGGAGUGGCUCACUGGAAGCCCCAGUCUCAACACUAGUAACUGGCUUUAUCUUUGGGUGUAUCUGGUAUUUUUCAAUGGUGUGUGGGUAGUUAUUCCUGGACUUCUGCUGGUGCAAUCUUGGGUAGAGUUGAAGACGAUGCAUCAUGAGGGAUCAGACAGGAAAAAAGUCCAGUGAUCAAGGCACAGUCUGAGGGCCUGAGACGGGACAUUGCAUCUGGAACGUCCAACAAGAAAAGUAGAUGUUUAGCCACUUAAUCAUGGGACCACCUGAAGAAAAUAAUUAUUUAACCAUGGUCUCACCUACACAAA